CGAUGAUGACAACGACGACCGUCUAUUUAACAAAACCGUGCACGACAUUAAACCCAGCAAAGGCGUCACGCAGCGACGAUGAUGCGGCAGAGUUCGCUGGUAAAGCCACUGUCGCCGAGGCAGGACCUGCAGAGGGGCCAGCCAGCAGCAGCCAGGGCAGCCCCCAGAACGAGAGCAGCACCUCCAUAGCCACUGCCAGCCAAUAUCGAAGAGGUGGAGGCGGAGGCUGAGCCGGCGCCGCAAGGACCUGCGGUCAGCAGUGCUGAUGCGCCAGUGUCUGCCCGAGUCUGCCUGGGAGCCCGACGAGGCCACGGCCACCUGCCGCCAGGACGGCCGGCGCUUCACUCUGUUUCUGCGUCGCCACCACUGCCGCCGCUGCGGCCUAGGUUUUCUGCGACGCGUGCUCUGCCCAGCGCGCGCUGCUCGCAUCGCCCGUCUCGCCCGCUGGCUACUACGGCGAGUCUGCCGACUCUCCGCAGCCAGUGCAUCCGUCUGGCGGCGCCUCGUGCUGGCAGCUGCGCGAGCCAGCGCGUAUGCAAUGCCUGCGCCCAGGCCCUCAGCUCAGCCCCGCCCAUCGACCACGAGAUCGUGUCGCUGCCAGCCGUGCCACACAACUCAGGGACCAUCAAGAGCGCCUAUACGAUCUUUGGGUCCGCCGAGGACGACCUGUCGCGGGAUCUCCCGACCCACCGCCAUCGCCGGCGCGGCAGCUCAUCGAGUAUCCGCGUCUGUCCGAUAUGCGACAAGGACUGGGUCGCUGUGUGGCAGCAUAUGGUGCGCAUGCCUGGCGAGGGCUGGCAGGAAGUGCAGGAGCGCCAUAUCCGCGAAUGCAUCGAAGAUGCAUCGGCUGGCAUGCAGGGCGCCCGCCCGCACCACAGCGCCGAGUCGCCCGAGCUGCCGCGUCGCAGCACUGGCUUCCUGAGCUUCUUCGACCGUCUGUCACCGACCGAGACUGAGCCGCGUCCUGUUCCAGACCGCCAGCCGCCUGUGCAUAAUGCCGAGCAUUCAGUGCGCGCCGCGCGGUCGCCAAUGGGCGUCAAGUAUAUUGCCUACCGGCUGGCCGGCGACACGCAAUUG